AUGAAUGAUGCGCGGUUAUCACCGGUUGUUUCAACCGGAAAAGUGCAUUUCCGAUGUCACAAGGGUUGUACUUGUAAGGCCUUGCUUCAUGCAACAGAGGCAGACCAGGUCGUUGAUUCGACGUGCAGAAGAUGUUCCAGUUUAUACGAAGUCCUAAGAGUCAAACGUAACGCCACGCCUAUCGAGAUCAAGGCUGCAUAUCGCAGUUUAGCGAAGAUUUACCAUCCUGAUACUUCGGAUCUGAAGCAACAUGAUCACAAUGGAAACUUUAUCGAGAUUCACAAUGCUUAUGCCACGUUAUAUGAUCCUGCGGAGCGAGCGAUGUAUGAUAUGAAGUUGAACACGGGAUUAGGACGGCGUUCGGGGUCGUUCACGGCCGGCGGAAAGAGGCGGGGUGUGUACACCUCCCGGCGAUGGGAGACUGAUCAGUGUUGGUAG